GCGAGGUGGAAAAUGGGAUUACGGGAAUUGUGUCAGUUUCAUUUGGUAAUAGUCACUCAAAUUGUAUGGAAAAUAUCUCGGAAUAAAUAUCAAGGCAUCACUGUAGCUGGGUCCUGAGCUCCGUGCUACUUUGGCCAGCAACAGGAAGUACACAAAAUUACAUGUUACCAUAGCACCCAUAGGUCCCAUAGGUUCCAUAGUUACCUAUCCCAAGCUCUCAAAUUUCCGUUGCAAUAUGACACAGUUUUGGCAGAUGACCAAGAACAUGAUGGGCUGGUGGUUGGCCGAGGAGGAGGACUGCAACUGUGACUACCACGACGACGAUGAGACCGAGGUGCAGGAGUCCUCGGGCGUAGGCACCAUCAUACUUAUAUACAUGGCACUGGUAGGAAUCUUCAUUGGAGGCAACAUCAUUCUCAGGCAGCUGACGCAGAGCUCACCGACGUUGAUCGGCCGAAAGAUGCGUAAGGAACAGCAGCAGCGGCGUCGCAGCAGGCAUUCAGCGAAUGAGGUCAACAGAAGACCGCGAAGGAGGCUCGUGUUGGACAACUGGCACGAUGCAGUGGAGCCGACUGCCGAGGAGGAGGUCCAGUUGCUGCAACUUAAAGACAAGGAUCUCUACUUCGAGCUGCCCGACGACAACAUCGACGACGAUCACUUUGUGGAAGCCAGGGAUAACUGAAGUCCAGCCUGGACGCUGUUAUGCCAAUACCCAAAUGUCCAUCAACAGCUGAGGCUCCCAUUCCAAUUCCGAUUCACUAAUCGUUUCCGAGCUCUGUUAUUCCCCCACUUUUCACAUCCCAAAUUUUAAAUAAAGGACACCAUAUACACCAAUUCGCAAA